AUGUUUAAGCUUCAAGAAGUCAAAAUCAUCAUCUGUAGUGGAUUGGAGGUGUGGUCAGAGCAGGUAUGCCUACCAGAGCUGUUAAUUCUCCGCCUUCAUUCUCUAGAUUACACGCUGCUCCAGCCCGUAGCCAACAUCUUCUCAUCAGAAUCAGAGCCAGAGGACUCCGAUGACGCGGUGUUUGGUCGGUUGCGAAGACGUAUGGCCAAGGCCCCGGCCCAACACAUGGGACGAGAAUGGCCUGUGAUACUUCGGAUAGCUGGUCCAUCAUGUAUUGCUGAACUAUGGUUCGCUCAGGUCACGAGAACACGCUUUGCAGCGACUGAUGUGUUAAUUUUUGUCCUAUCUACCAAGAUACGCACAGACUUCGAGCAUCUUUACGGUCUCAUCGUGGGAGAGGAUGAACUACUAUUAGAUGAUGUUGGGUCGCCGCAGCUCCGAAGACUCCUGGUCGCGACCUAUUCUGACGCUUCGCCGGAUUCUUGGGCUGUCAACGAGAAACAACUGAACUGGGUUGCAAGCGACCAGAGCUGCGAGCUUAAAAUCAUGUCUGAAGAGGAUGCGGAGUGGGCAAUAAGAGUCCUUGACGAAGCAGCGGGCAAGGUGAUCCUAUGGCGAGCCGAAAAUGGCAAGCUGCGUGAAAAGGAUGCGCCUGCACAUAACAAGCAAGUGGAGGAUGGAUGGAAGAAGAUAGGCAGGCGGCUAACGUUAUGGUCUCUCAGAGACAAGUUGUUUAAACGAAGCCAGCCUAGAUAA